AUGCCUCGAUCGUUGUCGCUUGCCGUCGCCAUUCUUGGCUUCCUUGUGCUCAGUCGAAUUUCCUACGCCGAGACGCCUAAGGUGCUCGAUCCCCGUCUGCAGCUGGAAAUGAUUGCCGAGCAGCCCGAAAUCGUCACGCCGAUUGGCAUUACCUUCGACAAGCAUGGCGACUUGUUGGUGAUCGAAUCGCAUACGCACCAUCGCAAGCCUGACUAUCAAGGCCCGCCCAAGGAUCGAAUUCGCCGCUUCGCCGAUACCGACGGUAAUGGCAAGUUCGACACAUGGAGCACGUUUUAUGAAGGCACCGAAGCAACGAUGAGCCUGCUCGCGGCGCUCGAUGGUUCCAUUUUGGUCGCCACGCGGAUGGAGGUCUUUCGCCUUCGCGAUACCAACGGAGAUAAAGUUGCUGACAAGCGGGAAGAGAUCGCCCACUUGGAAACGGCCGGGCGUUACCCACACAAUGGUCUCGCCGGCUUGGCGAUGGGUCCCGAUGGGCGGCUUUAUUUCGGACUCGGUGAAAACCUGGGCGAGCCCUACGCACUGGUCGGCAGCGACGGUACCCAGCUUUCCGGCGGCGGCGAAGGGGGAACGAUUUAUCACUGCCGGCCCGAUGGCUCCGAUCUUCAGCGAAUGGCGACUGGGGUGUGGAAUCCGUUCGGCAUGAUUUUCGAUCCGAUGGGGCGACUUUACAUGGUCGACAACGACCCCGAUAGCCGCCCGCCAUGUCGCUUAUUGCAUAUCGUUCCUGGCGGUGACUAUGGCUAUCAAUUUCGUUACGGCCGUACCGGAGUCCAUCCACUGCAGGCCUGGAAUGGCGAACUGCCUGGCACGCUGCCCAUGGUAGCCGCCACCGGCGAAGCCCCCAGCGGCGUGACGUGGUACCACGGUCAUCUGUGGGGAACGAGUUGGGGCGAUCAUCGCAUCGAAACGUUCCGCCUUGGCCACGAUGGAGCCGGCAUUCAAGCGACGCCGCAAACGAUUGUCCAGGGAGAUCACAACUUUCGCCCGGUCGAUUUCGCAAUCGCUCCGGACGGCUCGCUUUACUUCACCGACUGGGUCGACCGCAGUUACCCGGUCCAUGGCCAUGGGCGCAUCUGGCGACUUUCCUGGAAAGAAACGCCGCCGGCGAGCGAACCGUUGGAACUUUCCCAAGCGGAAGUCGAUGCCACUGCCCUCCGAAAAGUACCGAGCCUGACCGCGCUGGAUGCGGAAGAUUCCUACCUACGCCAGGCCGCCGUGUAUGGUUUUUCUCAGCACCUCGACGCGUUGCCGAUCGACACUUGGACACAGCUGAAAAGUGGUUCGCAGCGGCUCGGUGUGCUGGAAGCAUUGCGUUGGGUCAGCGGCAACGACGGCCCCGAGAAGCGUUCCAAGCUACUCAGCGAUGCCCUGCAAGAUGAAGACGAUCGCGUGCGGAUCUUCGCCAUGCG